UUUGUAAAUUUCAACUAUGUUGUAUUGUACUGAAUUUGUCAUUCUCCAGAGUGCUCUUCAACUGGUUGAAAAACAGGAGAAAAAAUUGGCCUGUGAUAAGACUAAAGCCAAGAAACCUGUGUGUAUAGUUAAACUAGCUGUACAAGAGAUUGUGAACGGGGUAGAGGAAGACAAUGAGCCGAAGCAAAAGUUUUGGUGGAGUAAGAGGAUUCAUUCAGUAAUUUUGUACAAGGUUCUGGCUUCACAUUAUGAGAAAUUGCCAGAUGAGCCCACUGUUUACUCAGUGCAGGAGGUCAACUUCAAAGAUGGAUGGAUAGAACCAAAAAAGCUUGACAGUCAAGAUGUUUUGUCGGACAUUCUGCCUUUUAUCAGCAAGUCACUGUACUUCAGUCUUGUGAAGGAGUGCAGCUGGCAUAGAUUCUUGACGGAGAUUCUGUGGCACUUAAGAGAUGAUUUUUCAAGUCAGUUAAUCAGUGAUGGAAUAGGAUAUCUUAACCAACUAGACACUCAUAAUAUCUGUGAUCUCAAGUUAGGAGCUUGCUUUAUUGAACACAUGGUGUCAUAUUUGAUAUCUGACAGUGUUAAAGACAAUAUUCAGGGAGCAUUAUCUCUUUUGUCAGAUGUUCUGACUCAGUGUUGUAUUAUAAUUGACAAUCUAAAAGAGACACCCUUAGAAAAUGAAGAUAUUAUUAUAAUAACAACUUGUUUCUAUCAAAUCUCUCUGUUACUGUGUUUGUGCAACAAAGUAGAAAGUAUCCAAAAUUUACAAAAAUGGUUCGAUGGAAAUGCCAUUGCCACCAAGAGUAGCACUUCAGAGAAAAGUUUAAGCUUCCAAGACUACUUCUGUAAAUUUAUGAAGGAUAACAUACAUGGAUGCUUUUUUGACUUGAACGACGAGGUUAUCAAUUAUCUGAGAGAAAAUCUUUCAUUACAAUGCCUCUUUACUUCUCUUAUUAAAUUGAUGUCUUUAGGUGGUCCAACAUUAUGCUGUUCACUACUUGAUUCUUUGUCAUCAGAUUCUGAAUUAAGAUUGGUAUAUAUUUGUGAAAGUGAGAUAUUAAUGUAUUCAGAAAACCAAGAUCAAAAAUCAGACUUGAACAAAGUCAAAGUCAAAUUUGAUAGUAGAAACCUCGUAAGGAAGAUCAAUCAGUUGCUUCCAGGAACAUGUGACCCUAAUGUUAAAGAUGACAGUGAGACAGUUUGCAGUUAUUUAUCCUCAAUGUUAGACAGUGUGAACAUUGAAGAUGAAAUGUUCCCUGAUAUAUCAAUCACAGCGGCAGUUUGGCGAGUUCAGGAGAGACAACCAAGAUUCCAAGACUUUUUGUUGAGGUUUGUGACAAGUCCAAUUGCUUCACUUUGGUCAUGUGACAAAUUGCUAUCAGUUUUACAAUUAAAGCUGGACUUGUUAGCAGAGAAGGAGCUAAUGCUGUAUUUGUAUAAACUUGUGUGGAAAUUAAAUGACAAACUUGCAGAGACUCAGUUAGAAAAGCUGACAAAGUUGGUGAUGGACAGUUUUAGUCAGCUUGACCUUCCAUCACGUGGCCAGCAUAUUGUACAUGUGUACACAACCUACAAAGAGUGGCCCAAACCCCAGCCAGUUACCCAUGUUUCCUUAAAUCAAAUCCUCAACAAAUUCACCUCAGCGAUGGAAGAAAAGGUGCUGGUAGAGAUUCAUCAGGCUGUGUUACAAAAUGCUGAUCUGACAGUAAGCCAACUUUUGGAGAGAGCUGUAGGUGGUACACACCAGGCAGACAUUGUAUACUCAAUACUGCAGACACUACAAGAACUGUGUUUAUCUCGUGAGGAUUCAGACAGAAGUGUGCUCUGCUGUAGACUGGAUGCUUUCUUGACUUCUCACUCUCUCACUCAGAAGGAACAGGACACGAUGAUCAAAUUUCUCCAGAAUCUCAUAAAGCAAGGCAAGGAAGCAGUGCUAGAUCCAGAGGAAUUCUACUUCUCUGUAGUAGUUCCUCAUUUGUCUUCACAUAGACGUCAAGACUCAGAGUUGACAGUGAAACUUGCUCUAGAUCUGGGGAAAAUAGUAUUGGUAGAGAUUCUGGAACAAGGGAAAUCAAACAUUGACCUCACAUUGAGCCUUGUAUCAGCUGCUGAAAUACUGGAGAACUGCAGGGCUCUGUGGUAUAACACGGACAAUGUGAACAUUAAACCAAGAGUAGUAGACUUUCUAAACCUUCUAAGACAGUUUAAAGAAAAGCAGACAUUUUGUGUUGACUGGAUUGUACAAACCACUAUGGAUUAUGACUGCACUGUCAGACUGGCCACUUUACAUGUAUGUCUGACAGAUGAAGAGUUUCACAGUGUUUGUGAUACUCUGUGCAAACAUCUUCUCCACCCAGACCAAGAACUAGAUUAUAGGAAUUUUUUGCGACUCGUUGCUGAACAUGAGGUACUCUCUCAGAUGAUUGGAGGUUAUCUUCAUGACAGGUGGAUUCUCAAUUACCCAACACUACUGUUAACUCUGUUACAGGUAACACCACAUUUAAUAUCGGAGGAAUGUAUUCGGUUGUACAAGUUCCUGAGAGGAAUGGUCAGGUCUGGUCAUCUUUGUGUGUCUGUUAAGAUGUCAGGAAUAUUGCCACUGCUUAAUCUAACAGAAAUUUCAGAGUUGCUUCCCCUAUCUCAGUUACUUUGUGAUGUCCUAAGGCUGUUAUCUCAAACACACAGCCAGCUCCCUCCCCCAGCUGUGGAACACUGUAUCAGGUCUGCAAUGGCUGUCUACAAGAAUGUGGUUUUGUCAGAAACAACUACUUCACCCCGCUGCUGCAUGUUCCUGCUUAAUCAUGUGUUCUCACAUAUCACCAUGGCAAUAGGCCAUUUCCCCCCAGAAAUGCUCGAUUCAGUUAAUAUACUGCUGUUGGACAUUGUUUGCCAGGUGGAGGACCUAUGUGGAAAGGUUGCCAUAGAUACAAUGUGUAGGGAUCAGUUGACUGGGUUACAGAAAACUUCCUGUGCUAUUCCUGAUACAGAAACAAGAGACAUGGUUCAAAAGAAACUGUGCUCUGUUUUACAUGUACAUUGAAAGUCUUUCAUACUCUAUUUCAAUAAAAUAUUUUCUUAAAAUCAG